UGAUGGUGACUGGCCACCAGGAGCCAAUGGUCAAUUUACAAAUAGGUGGUCAGUCUACCCCUUUUCUUAUAGAUUCAGGAGCAACAAAGUCAGUAUUAAAUACAAAAUUGGCUGCACCUUCUGCCGAAACUACAGCCAUUGUGGGAGCCACAGGAAAAAGACAAAUUUAUCCCUUUUUGAAAGAUAGAUCUUGUAAAUUAGAUAAAUACGAGGUGACUCACAAAUUCAUUUAUAUCCCUUCAUGCCCGGUUUCCUUGAUGGGAAGAGACAUGUUAUCAAAAAUGAGGGCAAGAUUGACAUUUGAAGAAGAUGGUACUUUAGAAGUCCUCUUCAGAGGACCUACCAUCCCAAAGGAAACAAAAAUAUUGUUAACUCUUCCCCAAGAAGAGGAAUGGAGAUUGUUUACUACCCUCACAGAGCGAACUGAUUGGACAACAUUUAAUAUCCCUACUGUAUGGGCAGAAGGAAACCCUCCAGGGUUGGCAGUGGAUAUACCACCAGUUAUAGUCACCUUAAAAGCAAUGGCCACUCCAAUCUCUAUACCGCAAUACCCCCUGCCAAGGCAAGCCGUAAUUGGCAUACAUGGAUAUUUACAAAAGCUAAAAGACAAUGGCAUAAUUGAAUUCUGCCAGUCCCCUUGGAAUUCACCUUUGUUACCAGUGAAAAAAUUAGAUGGCUCUUACCGACCAGUUCAAGACUUAAGGGCAGUCAACCAAAGGGUAGUGUCACUUCAUCCAGUGGUCCCUAACCCUUAUACAUUAUUGAGUUUAGUGCCUGCCAAAGCCAAAUGGUAUUCAGUUUUAGAUUUGAAAGAUGCCUUCUUUUGCAUCCGACUCCAUCAGAAUAGUAAACCUAUUUUUGCCUUUCAAUGGGAACAUCCAGAUACGGGACAAAGAGAUCAUGUGACCUGGUCACGAUUGCCACAGGGCUACUGUAACUCUCCAAGUAUUUUUGGCCAGGCUUUGGCCCAGGACUUGAUACCUUUGACCCAGGCGGGCAAUCCAUACGGAAUUUUGCAAUAUGUAGAUGAUAUUUUGUUGGCCACUGAAACCCACCAAGAAUGUAUGGAAGCCACAGAAAAACUUUUAAAACACUUAGACCAGAAAGGAUAUAAGGUGUCUAAAAAGAAGGCACAGUUGGUGCAACCAGAAGUACGUUACUUGGGAUUCAUUUUAAGAGAUGGAAUGAGGAAAUUGGACUUAGGAAGAAAGGAGGCAGUAUGUUCCAUACCCACCCCGACCACUAGAAAGCAAGUACGUGAAUUUUUGGGAGCUGCAGGGUUUUGUAGAUUGUGGAUUCCAAACUUUGCAGUUUUGGCCAAGCCCCUACAUGAAGCUACUAAGGGAGCCAAAAAGGAUCCCUUUCAGUGGGGUGAAGAACAGGAGCAAGCCUUUAGGACAUUGAAGAGAGCUCUCAUGGAAGCUCCGGCUUUGGGACUGCCUGACUUAGAUAAACCAUUCACAUUGUAUGUAGGAGAGAGAGGAGGAAUAGCUGUGGGAGUCUUAACUCAACUGGUGGGCCCAUGGCCGCGACCAGUGGCAUAUUUUUCCAAACAAAUGGACCAUGUAGUGAAAGGUUGGCCCCCAUGUUUAAGAGCAGUUGCAGCAGCAGCACUGUUAGCUGAAGAAUCCAGCAAACUUACACUAGGACAACCCGUGAUGUUGAAGUCCCCUCAUGCUGUAGUGACCCUCAUGGAACAUAGAGGCCACCAUUGGAUGACAAAUGCCAAAUUACUUAAAUUUGAAAGCAUUUUGGUGGAUAAUCCUAAUGUGUCACUCUCCACCUGUACUACUCUUAAUCCUGCUACAUUGUUGCCAGUAAAUGAAGAUACAAGGAUGCAGCAUGAUUGUCUGCAAGUUAUGGAAGAAGUUUAUUCCAGUAGGCCAGAUUUAAAAGACAAACCUUUACCUAACCCAGAUUGGACUCUGUUCACGGAUGGGAGCAGCUUUGUAGAGAAUGGGGAACGAUUUGCAGGCUAUGCAAUAGUCACAGAUGAAGAGAAAGUGGUUGAGGCAAAGUCCUUACCAAAAGGAACCUCAGCACAGAAAGCAGAAUUGAAAGCUUUAGCACAAGCCCUGUUGCUCGGAGAAGGAAAAAUAGUUAACGUUUACACAGACUCAAAGUAUGCAUUUUUAACGCUUCAAGCACAUGGGGCAAUUUACAAAGAAAGAGGACUAUUAACAUCUUCAGGACAUCCUAUUAAGAAUUCACAGGAAAUCCUGGCUCUAUUAGACGCAGUAUGGAAGCCUAAAAAGGUAGCUGUGAUGCAUUGUAAAGGACAUCAAUAUGGGGAUGAUCCUGUUACUAGAGGAAACAGAAAAGCUGACACAGAAGCCAGGUUGGCAGCAAAGCAAAAUCCACCAGAACAGAUAUACUACAUGGACAUUCAGGAUAUGAUCCCAGAAAAGGUGUCAUACACAAAAGAUGAAAGGAGAUGGGCAUUAGAUGAAGGAGCAAUUGAACAAGGAGGACUGCUGGUCUUGCCUAAUAACAAAAUCUAUGUCCCUGCAAUAUUAGGAUGGUGUUUAGUUCAGGAGAUGCAUAAGCAAACACAUUUAGGAAGUACUGCAUUGGCAACACUGAUAGACAGACAAAUAUUUAUUGAUGGGGUGCAUGCCAUGGCAAGAAGAGCAGCACUCAGAUGCCAGGUAUGCGCUCGGAAUAAUCCAAGAGCUGGACCCCUGUUGCCCCCAGGUGUACAAUAUAUUGGACAUAGCCCAUGGGAAUCCAUAGUGGUGGACUUUACCGAUAUGCCUAAGGUGGGGAGAUCUCAACAUAUGCUAGUUUCAGUGUGUACAUACUCAGGUUGGGUCGAUGCUUGGGCAACUCCUAACGAGAAGGCAGAGCAGGUCUCAAGGGCCUUGCUAAGGGACCUGAUCCCGCGGGCCGGGAUACCCUUACAUAUUGGGAGUGACAAUGGACCAUCCUUUGUACAUAAAAUUAUUCAAACUCUGGCAAUUUUAAUUGGAACAAAAUGGAAACUUCAUUGCGUUUACCGGCCACAGUCAUCAGGGAUUACAGAACGCAUGAAUAGGACCCUAAAAGGGACAAUUGGAAAAAUGUGUCAAGAAACAGGACUAAAUUGGGUACAGAUUUUACCCAUGGCACUAUUAAAAAUCAGAUGUACACCUACCAGGUUGUUGGGUUUGUCACCAUAUGAGUUGGUGUAUGGUAGGCCACCAUUAGGGAUAAAGCAAUUAAGGGGAGACUUGGUACAAUUAGGAAAGCAGGAAUUGAUAAAUGAAGUACAAGCAUUGGGGUCAGUGUUACAAAAAUUGCAUAAAUAUGUGGGAGAAGCAAGAUACCCUUUCCCUUUUACUGCUUUACAUUCCUUCUCCCCAGGUGAAUCUGUGUGGUUAAAAGAUGGGAAAAUUACCCCAUUGGCACCAAGGUGGAAAGGACCAUAUGUGAUUCUUUUGACCACUCCAACUGCGGUAAAACUUGAAGGUGUAAAACCCUGGAUACAUUAUACCAGGAUCAAAAGAGACUACACUGAGAAGGAUCCAGAUUGGCAAGUCCUUUUGGACAAGGACAAUCCUUUAAAGGUAACGAUCAAAAGGUUGCAGGUUCCAGAUGGAGGAGAGGACAGCAUCGCGACAUGGGCCUCCUCUCCGGGGUCAGGAGGCCACGCUCCACCCUGAACAAGGAAGAAUUGCUUCCGAGAGCAGUUCUGAA